GCUUAUUUCUUCACACGUAACACACACAUAUACAAUAAAGACUUAAGUAUAAAUAGUGAUCAUGGCUAAGUUUGCUUCCAUCGUUGCCCUUCUUUUCUCUGCCCUUGUUAUUUUUGCUGCUUUCGAAGCACCAACAAUGGUGGAAGCACAGAAGCUGUGCGAAAGGCCAAGUGGAACGUGGUCAGGAGUCUGUGGAAACAAUAAUGCAUGCAAGAAUCAGUGCAUUCGACUAGAGAAAGCACGACAUGGAUCUUGCAACUAUGUCUUCCCAGCUCACAAGUGCAUCUGCUACUUCCCUUGUUAAUUUUUCCAUAAACUCUUUGGUGGCUAAUUGAGAGUGUGUUUUACAUAAAAUAAGUCUGUAUCACACUAUCAGUGAGUGAUUUCGUGACAUGUACCAGAUAUGUUUAUGUUGGUUUGGCUAUAAUAUAAAGUCUUAGAUGAUCUC